UUGGUUGUCUUUCAGGAUGGAUGCCGUCGGCCGCCCCGCCUUGAGCCCCGCCGCCCCGCGCUCCUCAAUGAGCGCUGGCGUCGCCGUCGCGGCGCUCGCCUCUGCGCACCGCGCGGCCCCCGUGGCUGGCCUGUCAUGAGCGCCAGGCCCGCGCCCGCGCCCCCAGUCGUGCCACGAGCGGUUUGAUGUUCAGAGGGCCCGCGGCUCGGCCCGAGGGGUCGCGUCUGUCGGCUUGGUGGUGCUGCGCGCGCGCGCUGGCGAAACCAUGGACUUUGACAUGGGGCUCUCGGCCUGCUCGGCAGUCAAGGACAGGCACAUCCUUGAGAACUCGAUGCUGGAGGACGACCCCAACGAGAACUCGGCCAUAUCGCAGGAGCAGAAGAACUUGCCCCGGUGGGGCCCUCACCACAAGGGGGCUCAGGAGCUGGCCCAACUCUACAGCAAAGGAAAAAGAAGUCAAGAAACAGUUUGCAUAUAUACAUGCAUUAUUUUGAUGUUAGCCAACUUUUGCUUCAUCUUAAGGCAUUUCCAAAUUGAAAGAUGGACCACAGUAGUGUUUGCAGCCCUGUGUGGUAUUAUCACUGCUGACUUUGCCUCUGGUUUUGUACACUGGGGAGCUGAUUCCUGGUGUUCAGUUGACCUUCCUGUGAUAGGCAAGAAUUUUUUACGACCUUUUCGUGAGCAUCAUAUUGAUCCUACCUCCAUUACAAGGCAUGAUUUUAUAGAAACAAAUGGAGACAAUUUCAUGUUAACUAUUCCUUGCCUUGGAAGAAUGUUCUGGGAUUUUUUAACAAAGUCUAAUGAGGAAGUACAAAACAAUUUCUCAUGGACAUGCUACCUUUUUCUUUUAGCAAUAUUUGUUUCCAUGACCAACCAGAUACAUAAAUGGUCCCACACCUAUUUUGGACUACCAAGGUGGGUUGUGUGGUUACAAGACCACCAUAUAAUUUUGCCUCGACUACAUCAUCGCAUUCACCAUGUUGCCCCACACGAGACUUACUUCUGCAUCACAACAGGAUGGUUAAACUGGCCGCUAGAAAAGAUUCAAUUUUGGCCAUUCUUAGAAUGGGUAAUUACUUAUUUGACUGGGUACAAGCCAAGAACUGAUGACUUCAAAUGGGCACAAAAGAGAGCAUAAAUUCUCAUAUUAAAAUGUGGCCCCUUAAUUAUUACAAAUUACCAAUUGCAAAACCUGGGUGUUUAAUGCACAAAUGACAUGUCUUCAAUAAGUAAGAAACUAGGAUAUGAAUGUACAUUUGCAGUUUAUUUUUCAGUAUUGUACUUUUAUCUACCUGCCAUUUUGCAUCCAUGUUUGAGGGAUUAUUUUCUCUCAUUGUACUUUAAUCAUCUGUCUGUGUCAGCCAAAGAAAGACAAAAUUAUUUUGUGAUCUCCUACUUGCUUUUUUUAUUGUCAAAACUUAUUCUGUCAUUCUUUGUUUUUCGUAACUUUUACAUUAACUGCCUUUUCAGCAUUGUUUCCAAAUAACAUGUAUUAUCGUGAUUUGUAUAUGUUACAGUUUGGAUUGUUGCUCAAUGAAAAUAAUAAUGUGAAACAAAAAUGUCGGCGAAAUUUCACCAUAAUGUGCUUUAUGUAAAACUACUGUAGCCACCUAUUUAUUCAUAUGAUGCAUUUCCUUGAUAUUAAUUACUGAAUGAAGUUUUUGCUUCUCUCAGAGCUUUUGCACAAAUUUGUACUGAAGUGCCAUAUUUUUCCAGUGGUAGGAUUGUUUAACUUGCUAAGCUGUAGAGAGAUUGAUAGCUCUAUCAAUUAUGUUAACUAUUAAAACUGUAAUUCUCAAUCCCUUUAUGCAUUUUGUACAACUAUUUCAUAUGUGCUACAAAUAUUACAAAAACUUCUGGGUCAUACUUAACUGUGUUAUUUAAACCGUCCUGUUUUAGCUUUAAGGAUUGUAAAUUUUCUAAUUUUAUGCGUUGUAAAACUAAAAUCAAUUUUUUUGUUUAUCCGAAGACAUGCUCAAGUUCUAGAGCAAACGAAACACUUAUUAAUUGUUUAAAUGUUGAGCUUUUAUCAACUUGGGCAAAUGUUCCCUUAAGUAUGAUUACUUAUUUAUCGCAGGUUCAACGAAAAUAUAAGGAUUUUUCCCCCUAGGGGAAUUCUUGCUUUUCUUAUUUUUCUCAAAGGGACACAGAAGGGACCCUUUUGUAAGCAGCUAAAGCGCUAUUUGAUGAGAUUUGGAACUUAUGUUGCUCUGCUUUUAUAUUUUGUAACAAUAUUCUAAAAUUAAGUUCUAAGGCCAAGUUUGAAAAAGUAAAUUGUUCAGUUUUUAUUCUUGGAUGUAUAUAUCUGAAGUCUCAUAGUUGUCUUUUCUUGCGGCUAAUUCUUGCAAUCUUUUGUAAGUGAAUGCAAACUUCAGAUAGUCUGCUGUUAUAUUUUUUGUCAACAUCUACGAGUGUAAUAAUAAGACAUCUACUUCAAGAAGUCAAAUUUUCGCCUAUAAAAGACCAAAAUAAUUUUGAUCUCUUGAUAGGUGGAUCUCAAGUGAAAUUUGAAGCAAGCCUUGUAAGGAUAUAUUUUUUGUUAAUGAAAUUUUUUUAUAAAGCCUCUAAAACUUGUUGAAAUUUUAUGAAAUUUAAAUGUUAGAAAACAUAUGCUCUUCAUAUUUUUGAUGUGUAGAGAGCUUUUUGAAUUUUACAAUGGCACGCAGAGUGGGACCAACAAGUUUUCUUGAAACUUAUAAUCAGUUUUACUUGUAUACUAAUCACAACUGCUGCUUUUAGAAUCAGUGACUACCUAUUUCUCUAUGAGAAAAAGAGAAAAAGAAAAUCGGAACACCCUAAACCCUUGUAGCACUGAACCUUCCAAGAACAUUCCCAGACCAUUAUUCAGGUUUCCUGAACGUUCAGCGCACAUUCUUCAAACGAUUUGUGCUACCAGGGAAGAAGUGUAAUUACAACAAAAGAUUUCAACAAUGGUAUUUUUUGCUCAUUAUGAGAACCCUGCAUUUUUGACUUAAAGCCAUAAUGUUUCAUUAUUAUUGUCCUUCAACAGUUACUUAUUCUUUACUUCACAAGAAAGUAUUCAAAUAUUUUAUUUGCUUGGACAUACGCAAACAGCACAAACAGCUUUGUAUCAAUGCGCCAUUUCCAUUUUUAAAAAAAGAAUAAACAGCUUACUGAACACAA